CUGUUAAAAACUUCUCGCGGUUAAAUAAAUAAUAAUGAUACUCUGUUUGCCGUUACUGUAUAGAGUAGUACAUAUGGACAGAGAGACGCACAUCGCACUUGGAUAGAUACCCAUAACACACGCACACAGAGAUAGGGUUUCAAAUCUAAUCCUCAAACCAAAGUCUUUCAUUUGUUUGCUACAUAGCUUCCUCAGCUUCUUCCCAUGGCGUCCAAUUCCAACAAGGAUGUUCCCUCUGACGAGAAAACAGGUUCUUCAGAAGGCAAAAUCCCAAAAUCAGAAAUGUCUUCUGGGGAGUCACAGUCAGGACAAGGAAGAUCUUCCCCUUCUCCAGGACCUGGAUUGGCUUCCAAUGUUUUUGAUUUCUCAGCCAUGAGUGGCCUGCUUAAUGACCCAAGCAUCAAGGAAUUGGCUGAGCAGAUAUCAAAAGAUCCUGCAUUUAACCAAAUGGCAGAGCAGCUUCAUAAAACUCUUCAAGGUGCAGGAGCUGAAGAGGGGAUCCCUCAGUUUGAUUCACAACAAUACUAUUCCACCAUGCAACAGGUCAUGCAGAAUCCUCAAUUUAUGACUAUGGCUGAACGCCUUGGCAAUGCAUUGAUGCAGGAUCCCUCAAUGUCUCAAAUGCUUGAGAGUUUGGCAAAUCCAUCACAGAAAGAUCAGAUUGAGGAACGAAUGGCACGAAUUAAAGAAGAUCCUUCUUUAAAACCUAUUUUAGAAGAGAUAGAGUCUGGUGGUCCGGCAACAAUGAUGAGGUAUUGGAAUGACAAAGAGGUUCUACAGAAGUUGGGUGAAGCAAUGGGUCUCUCUGUUUCUGGAGAAGCAGCUACUUCUGUAGAAAAUUCUGGACAAGAUGAAGCAGAAGAUGGGGGAAAUGAAGAUGAGUCCAUUGUUCACAAUUGUGCUAGUGUUGGUGAUUUUGAGGGUUUGAAAAAUGCAUUGGCUUCUGGUGCCAACAAGGAUGAAGAGGAUUCAGAGGGAAGAACAGCAUUGCACUUUGCAUGUGGAUAUGGGGAGGUAAAGUGCGCUCAAAUUCUUCUUGAGGCAGGAGCAACUGUUGAUGCACUGGAUAAAAAUAAGAACACUGCGCUUCAUUAUGCAGCUGGAUAUGGAAGGAAGGAAUGUGUAGCCCUUCUACUAGAGAAUGGCGCUGCUGUUACCCUCCAGAACAUGGAUGGCAAGACUCCCAUCGACGUUGCCAAGCUAAAUAACCAACAUGAGGUACUAAAGUUGCUUGAGAAGGAUGCCUUCCUGUAAGUGGGAGGAUGAAUGUCAUGUGCAUGCUGUAGGCACCUGAGUGAUAGGUCAAUUUGUUCUCUAUGCUGUCUUUGCUGAUGUCAAUUGCAAGGUUUUUCAGUCAGUAACAUGAUCUCUCUUUUUUUUUUUUUUUUCUUUUUUUAAUUUGAAAAAAAAAAAAUAUUCAUGGGAUUUCUAGAGGGCAUGCCAUAUCAUGUGUUGUAUUCCCCGGUUCUGUUUAGUUUAUUAUUAACUACUGUAAACGCCUCUUAUGUAAUGUUGGGAAACAGUCUGUUUCUUGUUUUAUCAUAUGAAUGCCAUAUUUCAGUAUGUUUUUCA